UCCGAGUCCGGAUCGGAGCCGGAUCAGCCCGUGUCCUGGAGCUACCGUGCGCGUCCGCGUCACCGCGUCCUGCGCGUGCCUUCCACACCGGCGGACACUUGGAGCCGUUCGGAACCUUUGGUUCGGAUUCUGUGGACGGAUACGGAUCCGACUGUGUGUGGAGUUUGUCAAAGUUUGGAUCCGCUGAGGAUUUCUAGGAUGAUUGAGAAGAAGAAGAAGAAGGAGCAGUGACGACAUGGAGGCGUGUCCAGGAGGAGGGCGGAGCUGGAGGCAGGGUCACGUUGUCGUCAUGGUUCUGCUGUGGAUGUUUCUACACAGACACGCGCUGGGCUGCGGUUCCCCCGACUGUAACCAGGUUCUGCAGGAGCCCCAGGGGGAGUUCAGGUCGCCCUGUUACCCCCAGAAGUACCCCAACUCCCUGGCCUGCAGGUGGAGCAUGCGGGCCCCCGCCGGCUUCAUCAUCCAGCUCUCCUUCCUGGACUUUGACCUGGAGGAGGCGCCGGGCUGCAUCUACGACCGGGUGGUGGUCAACACGGGUGGCACCGACAUCAAGUUCUGCGGUUUAACGGCUGACGGGCUGACGCUUAACUCCACCGGCAACGUGAUGGAGCUGACGUUCACCUCUGACUUCAGUAUUCAGAAGAAGGGCUUUUAUGUUAGCUUCAGGCACGUUGCCGUGGCGCUGAGGAACCAAAAGGUGCGUGUUACUGGCGGUAACGGUCAGGUGACCCAGGUGUCCUCCUCCGUCAACAUCCCGACGCUCAGUCAGCUGACCACCUGUUUAGAGGUGGAACGGACUUCACAAAAACAGAAGGAGUGGUUCUUCACCUACUACAGCUCCGACGGUGACAUCGCCCUGAGCGUCGGCGCUCAUCAGUCUGACAUGACACUAAUUAUUGACGCGGAGGCGUGUUCCAUCAACCCCCUGAUCAGUCAGAACAACUUCACCUCCACCAUGAAACCCUUCUGCAUCACGUGGGCGUCAUCCAGCGGCCAGGUGGGCGUGUACUCCAACGGCAUCUACCAAUCCAUGAUUUGCAGCAGUUUGAGUGGCAGCUCCGUGGCCAGUGGGGGGGUGUUCAGACUGGGAGGUCAGCAUCACUUCGACGGUUUCGUCUACAACUUCCGUUUGUGGGAUUUCGCUCUGACAUCAACGCAGCUCAAAGCUUUAACCUGCGACAGCCAAGGAAACGUCAUUGACUGGGACAACAGUUACUGGGACAUCCCCCCGACGCUAGCCCAGACCGACGCCACGCUCAGCUGCAUCUGUUUCCCUCAUUGCAUUCAUUUAACUACGGCUGCUGCGUCCAGUGGUGUGACUCCACCCAGUACCACGCCCCUCGCCACCACCUGUGUGUCUCCUGGACUGGGCUGUCCAGGACCCACCCCUCCACUGCUGGUUCUAACUACUAACCACCCACCCACUAACUUAGCUGUAAGCGCUGCCUGGUCUCGGGACGCUUGGUUCUACCGCCUGUCCUUCACAGUGGACGACAGCAGCAGCUCCAUGAGCCACGCCCACGUCCAACAGGCUGUUGCAUUCUGGCUCAAUCAGACGUUUGGAAACUGGAGUCACAGCGUCUACAUUGAAAACAUCAGUGUCGAACCUGGAGCUCAGAUCAGAGGAGACGUCAGUUACUCCUGCCGGGCUCUGCUGGUCCAGAACUACAUCACCAACGAGAGUCUGGGUGAAGCUGCAGCGCUGAGGAUGUCCAAGAGCCAAGACCAGAUGGACCCUGGACUCCAGGUCCAGACCGGAUCCAUCAGCGUUGGACUAGUUGAAAACUGUCCAGAGGAGGUUUCCCUUCACUACCGCUGGUCCGAGAGCCGACCCACCGUCCGACAGAACCUGCCCUGUUUCCCCAACAAGGACCAGAGCGCAUCCAGAACCUGUAUGAUCAGUCCUCUGAACUACUCGUCGUUCUGGUCGGAUCCAGACUUCUCCAACUGCACCGACAUUGACUCCAUCCAGGUGUCGGCAGAAAACGCUGCUGAAGUGGCCGUUCAACUGGUGGACAUCAGCAACAACGAGCUGUCCAACGAAGAGGUGUCUAAAGUGGUGACGAAGGUGAAGGAGCUGGUGAACGUGGCUAAGAUCAACACCACAUUGGCCGUUACCGUGGUAACCAUCAUCUCCAACGUGAUGAGGAGUUCGGAGAUGGCGCUAGCUGCCACGUCUGAGAAGGCUCUGAAAGCCGUGGACGAGCUGGUGCAGAAGAUCGAGUUCGAGGGUCCGUCGGUCACAAUCACCUCCAAACAUCUGGCCGUCGGAAUAUCCACGCUCAACGCCACCGCCUUCAAUGGGACCAUGUUCAGCGCCGCCGUCCCGCCCAACGCCUCCGACCCACAGGUCCUGUUCGACCUGGACUCCGCCUCUCUGGCCCAGGUGGUCCUCCCUGCGUCCCUCCUGUCCAACGUCAGUCUUGGUGACAUGGAUCGCUCGUCUCUGUCCAGGAUCAACUUCAUGUUCUUCGGUAGCACCGCCCUCUUCCAGAACGAGCAGGACGGUCUGUCUCUGAACAGCUAUGUGGUGGCCAGCAGCGUCGGGAACGUGUCCAUCAGGAACUUAAAGGAACCCGUGAGGAUCGAGAUCGCCCACCUGACCCACCGGCCGUUCCUUCAGGAAAAGCCUCCAGUUUGUAUGUUCUGGGACUUCAGUCUGAAAGGUGGAGGCGGGGGCUGGAACGCAGACGGCUGCAGCCUAUCAGAUGAGUCCAGCAGUAACAGGACGGUGUGUCUGUGUGAUCACAUGACCCACUUCGGCAUCCUCAUGGACAUCUCAGGCUCGUCCGCCGCCAUUAAUGAACAGAACACUCGGAUCCUGACCUUCAUCACCUACAUCGGUUGUGGAAUCUCCGCCGUCUUCUCGGCGGCGACACUUCUCACCUACAUCGCCUUCGAGAAGCUGAGGCGGGACUACCCGUCCAAGAUCCUGAUGAACCUGAGCUCGUCGCUGCUGUUCCUGAACAUGUGCUUCCUAUUGGACGGCUGGUUGGCCAGUCUGCACAGGGACACCCUGUGUGUGUCAAUAGCCCUGCUCCUGCACUACUUCCUGUUGACCUCCUUCACCUGGAUGGCCCUGGAGUCCAUCCACAUGUACAUCGCCCUGGUCAAAGUCUUCAACACCUACAUACGACGAUACAUCCUCAAGUUCUGCCUCCUGGGAUGGGGUCUGCCGUUGGUGGUGGUUGGAAUCGUGGCUGCAGUUGACGUCCGUUGCUAUGGGUUACAGGAGUACGGCAGAGGAACAACAGCAGAAGGAGCGUCAGAGUUCUGCUGGAUCCGCAGUCCUCUGGUCUUCUACGUCACCUGCGUCGGGUUCUUCUGUCUGGUGUUUCUGCUCAACGUUGCCAUGUUCAUCGUGGUGAUGAUGCAGAUCUGCGGACGCAACGGGAAACGCAGCAACCGAACGCUACGAGAGGAGGUUCUGCGGAACCUUCGCAGCGUCGUCAGCCUCACCUUCCUGUUGGGGAUGACCUGGGGAUUUGCCUUCUUCGCCUGGGGACCCGUCGCCCUGGCCUUCAUGUACCUGUUCGCAAUCUUCAACUCACUGCAAGGUCUCUUCAUAUUUAUCUUCCACUGCGCUCUGAAGGAGAACGUCCAGAAGCAGUGGAGGCGCUACCUGUGCUGCGGUCGCUUCCGGCUGUCGGAUAACUCAGACUGGAGUAAAACCGCCACCAACAACACCAAGAAGGUGAGCUCUGAUAACCUGGGGAAGUCCCUGUCAUCCAGCUCCUUUGGGUCCAGCUCCGCCAACUGGACCUCCAAGGCCAAAGCCACGCUCAACCCCUUCACCAAACGCCACAGCAACACAGUUCUUCCAACCAAUAGCAUGACUGGACGAUCGGCCGAGAUAAAUGUUUUUCCAACCAACCCGGACCCAAGUGUGUGUCUUCAUCAUGCUCCGCCUCUGACGUGGAGCCCAACUCCUCCUCCUCCUCCUCCUCUAUCCUCCCCGUCAGCCAGAUGAUCGACAAGGUCAAAGGUUACUGCUCCACACGCUCCGACAACUUCUACAAGAACAUCAUCAUGUCCGACAGCUUCAGCAACAGCACCAGGUUCUGAAUCCCUGCCCUCUGAAGCCCCGCCCUCUGCAGCUCUGCCUCCUGGUUUGGAACCAGUUCUGUCUUCGUUGUUCUAGGAAUUGUUGUUUCAGUUACAGUGGGUUCUCCUGGUUCUGAGUCCAGGUAUGUUCUGGUUUUAGAUCCACUGAACAUGUAACAUAUGGACCUGCUGCAACUGUCCACCUCCAAAACCACCACCCAAACCACCACCCAAACCACCUCCAAAACCACCACCCCAACCACCUCCAAAACCACCACCCCAACCACCUCCAAAAACCACCACCCCAAUCACCUCCAAAACCACCACCUAAACCACCUCCAAAACCACCACCUAAACCACCUCCAAAACCACCACCCAAACCACCUCCAAAACCACCACCUAAACCACCUCCAAAACCACCACCCAAACCACCUCCAAAACCACCACCCCAACCACCUCCAAAA